CGCCUUCCUUCUAUCAUUCCCACAAUACAGCAGGAGCAGAGAGCAGCAAUUGCUGUGUCUGGUAGCAGACAAUCCAGCUGUGAGGAGCGAGAGGUGUUAUUACAAGGAGCACUCAGAAUGGAAAAGGACAAGAAACACAAGACUGAUUUGAUAAUAAAUCUCACACUGGAAAUAAUCUACCUGCUGACUGGGGAGGGUUACACAGUAGAGAAGAAGACAUCUGGUGAGUAUGAGACACCCAGCAGCCAUCCCUGCCUGUCAGGAGGACUGAGCAGGAUCCAGAGCCCCAUCAUGGUGCCUCCACCUCACUCACUGAUACAUGAGAGGCACAAUGACCAGAAGAUCCUGGAACUCACCCACAAGAUCAUUCAGCUGCUGACUGGAGAGGAGGGGGAGUAUAUAGAGGAACACAGGGGUCUGUACAAGGACGUGAUGAUGGAGAAUCACCGGCCCCUCACAUCACUGGAUGGACCCAGUAACAGAGAUACCCCAGAGAGAUGUCCCCGUCCUCUGUAUUCCCAGGAUUGUACAGAGGAGAAUCACAGGAUCCCACAGGAGGAUCAGGGGGAACAGCUGACUGAUAUGAAGAUAAAUGAUAUAGACAGAGAAGAAGAGACGUAUGUGACUGAUAUGAAGGCAGAAGAUAUAGAGGGAGAAGAAGAGACGUAUGUGACUGAUAUGAAGGCAGAAGAUAUUGAGGGAGAAGAAGAGACGUAUGUGACUGAUAUGAAGGCAGAAGAUAUAGAGGGAGAAGAAGAGACGUAUGUGACUGAUAUGAAGGCAGAAGAUAUUGAGGGAAAAGAAGAGACGUAUGUGACUGAUAUGAAGGCAGAAGAUAUUGAGGGAAAAGAAGAGACGUAUGUGACUGAUAUGAAGGCAGAAGAUAUAGAGGGAGAAGAAGAGACGUAUGUGACUGAUAUGAAGGCAGAAGAUACAGAGGGAGAAGAAGAGACGUAUGUGACUGAUAUGAAGGCAGAAGAUAUAGAGAGAGAAGAGACGUAUAUGACUGAUAUGAAGGCAGAAGAUACAGAGGGAGAAGAAGAGACGUAUGUGACUGAUAUGAAGGCAGAAGAUACAGAGGGAGAAGAAGAGACGUAUGUGAGGGGUGAUCAGCAGUGUAAGGAGGAGGAAAUCCCUACAGAUAUCAGCACAGAUGGACACAAAAGUAGGACUAUCUCAGAAGGACAUCUAAUGUUAUCCCCGGAUUGGGAAAUAAAAGAUAAUGACAUUAUACAGGAUUCUCCAGGAGCUGACCCCAUUACCCCAAUUGUACAUCCAGCUCUAUCAGCUGAUCCCUCUGAUCCUGGGAAAUGUUCUCCUGAUCACUCUGAUAUUGGUGCAUCUGUUACAGCUCUGACAGUAGAUACAGUGUUUCCCUGUUCUAUAGAUGCCAAAUGUUUUACACCGAACACAAAGCUUAUUACCCAUCAGUCAGCUAAGGCAGAUGAGAGGCCAUUUCCAUGUGCUGAGUGUGGGAAAUGUUUUCCAUGCAACUCAGCUCUUGUUGCACAUCUGAGAAUUCACACAGGUGAGAGGCCAUUUCCAUGUUCUGUGUGUGGGAAAUGUUUUACAUGGAAAUCAGUUCUUGUUACACAUCAGAAAACUCACACAGGUGAGAGGCCAUUUCCAUGUUCUGAGUGUGGGAAAUGUUUUACACUGAAAUCAAAUCUUGUUAAACAUGAGAGAAGUCACACAGGUGAGAGGCCAUUUCCAUGUUCUGUGUGUGGGAAAUGGUUCACACACAAAUCGUAUCUUGUUACACAUCAGAGAAGUCACACAGGUGAGAAACCAUUUCCAUGUUCUGAGUGUGGGAAAUGUUUCACACACAAAUCAGUUCUUGUUACACAUCAGAGAAGUCACACAGGUGAUAAUCCAUUUCCAUGUUCUGAGUGUGGGAAAUGUUUCACACACAAAUCAGUUCUUGUUACACAUCACAGAAGUCACACAGGUGAGAAACCAUUUAAGUGUUCUGAGUGUGGGAAAUGUUUCACACACAAAUCAGUUCUUGUUACACAUCAGAGAAGUCACACAUGUGAAAAACCAUUUCCAUGUUCUGAGUGUGGGAAAUGUUUUACAGCGAAAUCAAAACUUGUGAUACAUCAGAGAACUCACACAGGUGAGAAACCAUUUAAGUGUUCUGAGUGUGGGAAAUGUUUUACUAAGGCAUCAUAUCUUGUUAUACAUCAGAGAAGUCACAUAGGUGAGGAACCAUUUUCAUGUUCUGAGUGUGGGAAAUGUUUUACUAAGGCAUCAUAUCUUGUUAUACAUCAGAGAAGUCACACAGGUAAGGAGCAAUUUUCAUGUUCUGAGUGUGAGAAAUGUUUUGCAAAUAAAUCAGCUCUUGUAAUACAUCAGAGAAGUCACACAGGUGAAAAACCAUUUCCAUGUUCUGAAUGUGGGAAAUGUUUUACAUGGAAAUCAGCUCUUGUUAUACAUCAGAGACUUCACACAGUUGUGAAGCCCUUUGCAUGUUCUGAGUGUGGAAAAUGUUAUACUACUUCAUCACAGCUUGUUAUACAUCAGAGAAAUCACACUGGUGAGAAACCAUUUCCAUGUUCUGAGUGUGGGAAAUGUUUUAAAGCGAAAUCACGUCUUGUUAGACAUCAGAGAAGUCACACAGGUGAGAAGCCCUUUGCAUGCACUGAGUGUGGAAAAUAUUUUGCUCAGAAAUCACAUCUGAUUAGACAUCAGAGAAGUCACAGGUGAGGCCAUUUGCAUGUUCUGAGUGAGAAAUAAAUCAGCUCUUGAUGCACACUGUAGACAUCACACAGGUGGGGAAGCAUUUUAAUCUUCUGGAGUAGACUCGUCUUCACCAUUUCCCUGCAUUGUUCCUUCAGGUGCUAUUCUAUGUCCUAUGUUUUGUUUUUUGGAUUAUAAAAUCUUCAUUGAAGCAUGAACAUAAACUAUUGAGGUAUCUCGUUCCCUUUCCGUUGGGCACCAAAUUUUUUAGUGUAUUUGGUACUCCGAUUUCCAGAGGAUAUAUCCACUCUUUAUUUGGUUAGUUUUACUUAUUUUAUUACUCAAAUGUUGACUGAUUUUGAUAAAUGGCGUCAUUUGCCGUUAUCCUAUAUCGGCCGUUGAUGGUUUCCUUUCCCAGACUUCUUUACCCAAUCCAGAUGUUGCCUUUCCUUCUGACUGACCGUGAUGUUGCACAUAUUAAUAGGGCUAUAACCAAAUUAAUAUCGUCUGGUAAACGCCCCAGGAUAUCACUGUAUAAAUUGCAGCAGCCAUUGCUGGGAGGCAUUAACUUCCAGAAUGUUCAGGCUUAUGCCCUGGCAUCUAACCUACGAUAUGCACUGGAUUGGGUAAGGAGUGUGGACAAUUAUGUUUGUUAUUCUCUUGAUCAAGCGUUUCUUUCUGCUGUUACUUUGGAUGCCUUAUUACAUUUACCGAUAACUUAUUUUCCAGUGGAACUAUGCAAUAAUCCAUUACUCUACUCUACUCUAUACCCUAUAUUUCUCUUACGUCCUAGAGGAUGCUGGGGUCCACAUUAGUACCAUGGGGCAUAGACGGGUCCCUUAGGAGCCGUGGGCACUUUAAGAGUUUAAUAGUGUGGGCUGGCUCCUCCGUCUAUGCCCCUCGUACCAGACUCGGUUUAGAAAAUGUCCCCGGUGGAGCUGUUCACAGCUAGGGUAGCUCCUUGAGCUUUUCUGGUUUUAUUAUUUUUUAAGAGAUGUUAGGCACAGGGAGGCUGCUGGCAACAGCCUCCCUGCUUCGUGGGACUUAGGAGGGGGGUAGUGUCAAACCCUUGAGGUUAAUGGCCACUAUCUCUGCUGACAGAACACUAAGCUCCUGAGGGUGAUGAUCUCUAGCCCCCGAGGCAACCGCUCCUGCAACCUCCUAACCAAGCCAGAAAAUUACGAUGGCGAGUAGGGCACCAUCGACCUGACAAGCAGGGAGCUGGUGAGAAUGGCGGCAUCAGGGUGGGAGCACAGUACUGAAGCUGCACUCCGGUGGGCUCAGCGGUACUAUGGUGUGGCGCUGGGAGGGGCCCCCUGGGCCAGUGCAAUACCCUAACACUGGUCACUUCUAAGCUAUCAGGGACUCUGUCUGCUGCCAGCGAUCAUUUACUUCAGACCUGUAUAAUCAAAGUGUGGGAAGACGCACCAUUUUAGGGGGCGGAGCUUCUCAUAGCAGACCCAUCAGCUCACCAGCACCAUUUUCUCCCUGCAGAUCAUCACACUGAGGCGCCGACUGGGAGCGCUGCCCCUCCACAGAACUUCAGCUAUCCUGUGCGGUACCAGCGGGUUAUAGAGGGAGAGUGUAUAUUCACUAUAACUGUGUGGUCUAUUAAGGGUUCACAGUCAGCGCCAGGCACUUAUUCUAUAACUGCCUACUGGGGCGCUGUGUGGGUGCUGGCUCCAUUAACUCUGUUUCUCUGAAGGUACUUGGGGGAAACUGACAUUUUCCUGUGUGUGUGUGUGUGUAUAGUUUCUCACAGUACCAUGUCCAGGGACUCUGUGUCUUGUGCUGCAGAAUAUGUAUCUUCCCCAGAGUAAUCCAUUCCAUGUACUCAGGAAUGUAAUAUGUCUCAGCCUUCCGAAUCCGAACACCAGUGGGUGGCUUCCAUAAAGGGAAUGAUAUCCCAGAUUUCUACUAGGAUAGCAUAUAAUGAGACUGAAACACAGGUUUUGAAUUUAUCUGGAGGUUUUGUCUGGUUCUGUUCUCACUACCAUAUCAAAAUCCCCUGGUAUAGGGGGCGUGGCUUCGGCGGACAUGAAGUAGCACACAGGCUGUGUGACUCCAGCUAAAUAAUCCUGUUGCCUCAUCCUGUCUCCCCCUGGGCCUGAAAACUGCCCCAAAACCUGUGUGAAGGUGAGUGGGACCCUUGUGCCACUCUGAGACCUGCUCAUCAAACUCCUGCUGCAGACGGACGACAUUUGUGUGCUGGGCUCCUGGGACGGAUCACUCACGUGGGACACCGCCCUCCUGUCUACCCGCACUGAGUUAUUGUGCACGGAUGCCGCUCAGUACAUUGCCUGCAUCCGCCGUUGCUGCCUCUCCUGUGAGUGACUGCGGCCGGGGAGAGCUCCGGUGAGCGCUCCUCUCCCCCCUGCUUGUGUCCGGGUGCGUGUCAGCGGGAUCUCCCGCUGCGACCCUGACACAUGACCCGCCGCCGCUCUCCUCUCUCUCUCUCCUGCGGCUCUAGCCUCUGAUCUCCCUCGUUGAGCCUCUGGAUGGUGCGGCUGAGGAGCGGGGCUUGGAGGGGCUGUGUACUUCUCUGUGCCCCCUCUCCAUUUUCUCCAGUCAUAGGUGUUGCCCUGCUGUGCUCUGCGCUGUAUUAACCCCUUGAGGGCCUGCUUGUGGUUCUGCCCAGUGCCCCGCACUCUAGGAUCCCCUGGGGCUCAACUGGACAAGUUGCCGAGGGGCACGUUUGGCCGGGUUGCAUGCUGUAUGCGUCCCCUGUGCUGAGGAUUCUCCUUCAUGCUUCAGGGCAGACGGCGGCUGGAUGUGUCUGAUAUACUAAAGGUGGUAUCCGGACUCCAGGUCGACAGCACAAAGGUCGACACACUUUUGGUCGACACACAUUAGGUCGACACACAUUAGGUCGACAGGGUCAAAAGGUCGACAUGGAAAAAGGUCGACAUGAGUUUUUCAUUUUUUCUUUUUUUGAACCUUUUCAUACUUAACGAUCCACGUGGACUACGAUUGGAACGGUAAAGUGUGCCGAGCGAAGCGGUAGCGGAGCGAAGCGAGCCAUGCGAGGGGACGCGGUGCACUAAUUCGGGUUCCCGGUCACUCUAUGAAGAAAACGACACAAAAAACCCAUAAACUCAUGUCGACCUUUUGACCCUGUCGACCUUUUGAUCCUGUCGACCUUUUGACCCUGUCGACCAAUUGGUGUCGACCUAAAGUGUGUCGACCUUUGUGCUGUCGACCCUGAGUCCCAGACCCACUAAAGGUCCACGUGAGCGCCUACUGGUCAGUUUUGAUAUACUACAUUUAUCCGCGGGCAGCGACUGGACAGUUUUGAUAUACUAUAUUGCAUUGCGGGCGGAGACUGGACAAUAUUGAUAUACUGAAUUCCCCUGAUUCCCGCCGUCGGCAGGCUACCAUGGUUAAGCAACACCAGAAUGCUGCGGCUGCAGCAAAACUGGAGAAAUACGCCAGAAACCCUCGAGCGCAGUCGGCCUUGUCUCCGUCACCACCGUCGCCUUCCAAUAGCUCCUCUGUGGAGGCCACGGAUUCGGCCCUACAGAAAGUACUGGAGGCGGUUGCUGCCAGCGAAACCCGCCUGGCAGACCAGAUCGGCCAGGUCCAGGCGGACCUAUCCAUCAUCCACCAAGACCUACAACGGGUGCGGGAGAGGGUCGGUGAGGUUGAAACACGCAUCUCCAUGCUGGAAGACACGGUACCACCAAUUGAUAGACGUACCGCUGCCCUGGAGUCCCAAAUGUCGGAGGUACACAAGAAGAUGACCGAUAUGGAGGGGAGACUGCGGCGGAACAAUGUCCGCUUCGUCGGCUUGCCUGAGAAAGGAGGAGGGCGCCUCCCCAAAAAAAUUUCUUGAACGCUGGUUGCGGGAUGCGUUUGGAGCAGAGGAGCGCGCUCACAGAGUCCCGAUGCGUCCAUUGCCUCCGGGGGCGCCUCCUCGUACACUCAUAGCCAAGCUCCUUCAUUACCGUGAUAGGGAUGUGAUUCUGAAAUUGGCCCGUACUAAGGAUCCUCUCAAGUGGAACGGAUCUCCGGUCUCAGUCUUCCCUGAUUUUGCCAUUGAUGUUCAAAAAGAUAGAGCUCAAUUUGUCUCUGUGAAACGCAGGCUGCGUGAACUGCACAUCCCCUAUGCCAUGCUCUUUCCGUCUAAACUGCGGGUGGUUUCAGACGGAGAAACUAAAUUCUUCAUGACCCCCCGCGAAGCAUUGGUGUGGUUGGACAGACGCUUUCCGGCUCGGCGGGCGCUGGCCGCUGACUGAUCUCCUGCACUUCGUUCCUUAAUUAGGAAGUAUAUUGCCCCUUGCUUGUAUGUU